AUGCCUCUCCAAGCCAGCCAACUAGAGGAGUUCUUCAAAAAGCUGGGCAGUCGGCGCGUAUUCACCCGCGAGGCAAUCGCGUUGGUGAAGCAACAAUGCGAGAACUUGACAGAGGAGACUAUCAAGAAAUUUGCACUCCUAGAUGUCUAUGGAGAGACCCAUUAUGAGGACGUUUCUCGUUUCCUGCGUGUAGGAGGUAUCAAACCCCUCGUAUGGUUCUGGAGCUACCAAGAGCUUGCGGGUGGUCACGAAGACAGACUCCGGUAUCCUGAAUUCCCUUGGUACCCCUUCGUACAUGACUGGGCAAGGGAUGGCAUUCCCAUUUUCCCCACCACCAUAGAGUGCGGUGCAGGAGGUCCUCUGACGGACGACUUCAUCAAAGAGUCAGAAAAGUCUUGGUUCGAACACGGAGAUCGUCAAAGGCUCUUAGGCUCUCUGAAGGAGGCCGAAAACACAGUACAGAUUACCAAUAUCGUGUGCUUUGGCCUCGGGCCUCUUAACCCCGACGGUUGCAAAGAGGACUGUAAAGAGGAACGUAAAGAAGACGGCAAAGAGGAACGUAAAGAAGACAGCAAAGAGGAAUGUAAAGAAGACAGCAAAGAGGAAUGUAAAGAAGACGGCAAAGAGGAACGUAAAGAAGACGGCAAAGAGGAACGUAAAGAAGACGGCAAAGAGGAACGUAAAGAAGACGGCAAAGAGGAAUGUAAAGAAGACGGCAAAGAGGAUGGUAGAAAGAACGACAGGUUCGUGAACAUGCACCAGCAUCUGGUUGUUUUCGACAUUGCGGCAACGCUGAAAAGCAUCUACAAAUCCGACAAGUCGAUCCCAAUUCUCUUCCAGGACCCGAACUACCUACGGUAUGAUGCGGUCUAUCUCCAAAAUCAAGGAGAGCCCGGACAAGUCUCCUUUGAGCGGGAUACCGGAGGCCUACUCAAGAUCAAUGAGCAUACCUUAGUCGUCGCCACCGGAGCUGUCGGCUUCUGUAUUCGAGAAAUCAUCCCGGACAUUACCCUGCACUUUGGAGGCCCAGCUGGUCUCUUCACUACCCCGCUCUUUCUAACCGAGGUCCCGUCGACGUCCACUCAUACCGACGAUCCUUCGACUUCCACUCAUACCGACAAUCCUUCGACUUCCACUCAUACCGACGAACCGCCGAUGCGCAUCCUUACCGAAGACCCGUCCAAGUUCACCAUCGAGGAUGAAGUAAAGGCAGGUAAUUGGCGCAUGCACCCAUACAACAGAUAUACCGUUGAAAUGGUCAGCAAAAUGCAGAAAAUUUGCCAGUUCAAGGACAGCCAUUGGGAAAGCUCAUUGUAUCUCAAGAAAAAAUAG